AUGAACGAGAUACACACCCAGUUGGAGAAUCUUGCUCUCGAUGACUUCAAGAAGGCUGUCCAGGUGUUUGAGGAUCCCACCGGUGCUGGCGAUGCCGCUACUGCUGAUACGCUUUUGAAGUACUCUCAGAGCCCUCCUACAUCAGCUGUUCUUUUGCAGCUCUUGCGAUCCAACAUCACAAAGUUUCUAAAAGGACUACACGCCAUCCACGACGACCACGGUGCCAUCCUCGUUAACCUACUCCUGGGGUGUCUGGACGAGCAGCAUCUAACGGCUCAGGUGCUCAACUCCAUCAAGUUGGUGUUGAAAAAUACCACCUCAUCCACCAAAACCUCAUGGAUUGAUUUCAACUUGAAGGUAUAUUUGGGGCUCGUGUCGGAGUUUGGGGUGGUGUUUCCCGCCCACCUCCCAGUAUUGUUGGCAUACUUGGCCCCCGAGGAAGAAUCUUCAGACGUGAACGCGGUGCUUCUCUUUAUAGUGGUGAAGAACAUCGAACUAAAACAGCAGGAGUCCUUUGAUGCCAUCGAUGGUUUCUUCGACUAUACUCUCGAAACGGGCGCAGGUACAAAGACGUUUUUGGCCUUUGUCAAGGCGUUGGAACUUUUGUUCCCCAUCUGCCCGCUGGUUUGUACUCGAGUCUACACUUCCAGUCUUUGUAGGGACCUUGUGUUGGAACACGUUAAAACAAUCACCCCCUCAUCUUUGUCACUUCCGAACCCCAGGGCCACUGCUGAUGGGCUUUUGAGGCUCGUGAGCAGCUCAUGCAUUGACGAUGACUGUCGAAAAUUCAAUGCUAAUAUCUACUUGGACUUGCUUAAAGUCGGCUCCGGCUUGGAUGCCAAUCAGUAUCCGUUGUUCAAGAUCUUGUCCGUGUUGUGCAUCGUGAAAUUAUGGAACUUCCUCCAAUUGGAAGCUGAUAGUCUGUUCAGCUUCUCGAUGGAUGGCUUAUUUGAUACCAGCAUUGAGUAUUUAAGAAAGGAGAACGAAGGUUUGGGAACUGCCAUUGAAGCCUUGGCAUACUUAACAUUAAACCCAUCUUUGCGCAACAGACUCCGGGCUGAUGAGUCGGUGGUGGACUGUUUAGUGCAGCUCAUCGGAAGAAGAACAGAAGUGAAAGACCAACUGCUCAAAAACGAUCAUUCUUCCACAGUGUACGGACUUUUGCUUAUAUUAUCAAAUGUGACACAAAUCAAAGAGAGCAGCCAGUCACAGGAAACCAAUACUGUCAACUACUUGAAACUGGUGGCCACUCCGAAAUCCACCACUGACACUACCAAGGAGAAUACGGAGGAUAUCCUCAACUUCAACAAGUCUUUACUUUUAGACCAUAGCAUCAUCGACACCAUUUCCAAGUUAAAAAUCAUAAGGGCCACCACCAAAAAAGGAAGCAACAACUCGGACCAGUUUGUGAAUAUUAUAUACUACAUCUCGUUGAACCAAGAGAAGAAGGUGAGGCAAGAGCUAGUCAAACAAGGUUCUUUGAACAUUCUUCUAGACUACUUGGUGCUGCAUAGCCAGGUACUACAGAAACAGCUGGGCCAAACCAGACCCAUUUCUUCUUCGGAUUCUCUUGUGGAAACAAGACUUCGGGCUAUACGUGCCUUGUGUAAGAUCUUGAUUCUGGUGAACCCGGCUUUAGCUUUCAAUAAGUACAGUGUUGUCACAUGUCUCCCGUUUUUGGUGGAACUUUUGGGGCCAGACAUAUCAACUUAUACCGGAAAGCUUCAAAGCAAUGCCAAUGAUGCUUACUUACAUGAUAACGUCACAAGUCUAGACAAGUAUGAAUCGUUACUAGCAUUAACAAACAUCUCGUCGAUGGCCGAUCCUAAAGAUGAAAUCAAAGACUCAAUCAUCACCAAAACCUUUGACAAGUUCCUCAAUAACUUUAUCAUUGAAGGAGACUCGCCAUUGAUCCAGACAGCAGCGUGGGAAUUGAUCUCUAAUUUGAUAAUGAAACCGCGGAUGCUUGUGAAGUUCUUCAAUGCUGACGACCAACAAUCUUUGAAGAGAUUGGACAUCUUGAUCAAGAUGUUGGAGCUGAAGGAUAUUCACCUUCAAACAACCUUGGCAGGUUUACUUGCAAAUGCCACUUCGGAGUUUGAUAUGAUUCCUCGUCUCUUAGUGGAGGUUGAUCAUUUAAGAAAAGAGCUUGUCGUCUCGUUUGUUCGAAUUUUCAACUCUCAGUCAGAUGACGAUGACUUGAUCUUAAGAUUGGUGUACGUUGUUCUUGACUUGGUGUACGCGGCUGCGAAUAUAGGCGAGACCCAAAUCGCCAAAUUUAAGCAUGAUCAAGCACUCAAAAGUGCUUUGGCCGGUGUUCUCAAGAAUAAUAGGAACGAGCAGAUUCUCGAGGUGGUGGUUGAAAUCAUCAAGUUCACCAAGUUCAAGUGA